UUGAAAGAAACUGGAAUUAAACGACGGAAGUUGCUGCUGUCAAAUCGCUGGAAAUCUCUCCAUAAGUAGGUUUGAGAAGGGCGAAUUAUGUCUAAACACGAUCUACUCUGCAGGCGAAAUUCCUGCAACUGGACAAACGUGGAAGAUAUAGGAUAGAUGGCACCUUUAUCGUAUGGUCUAAAUGAUUCGUAAAUCAAGAAUGACAAAUGUUUCUCCAUGUGAGAGGUACGCCCCGGUGAAAACAGCUGCAGAGGACUACGCAAUGGUAAUCUUACCUCUGCUGGUAGACACUGAAAGCGAGGUCAGUAGCAGACUCAACAGCACAGUGUGCGGGGAAACCGACAAACCAGUCUGUGAGGAAAAUGGAGAGAGUCUAUCCAUUAUAAACAUGGUAUGCAGAAGACACUUCAAGCUGAGCAGUGUGCCCAGAGCCAAGCAUCUAACAAAGGAGAUCCUGACAUCUCUGGACUGUCCAUGUCCUUCUAAACAGAGGCAGAGAGGGAAGGAGCGAGAAGGUCCGGCAGGGGGAGAGAGAGGAUCGGGAUCAGGAGGAGGAGGAGCAGGGAGAGGAGAGGCUGGACAGCGAGGUGAAGGAGGAGCGGGGCGAGGAGAGCGUGGACAGCGAGGAGGCCCAGGAGGAGCGGGGCGAGGAGGGGGACACAGAGACACCAGGCAGCUGUGCAGACUGAAACUCGCCCUGGAAGGGCUGAAACUCUGUUACCAGGCCCUGGCUAGCGGACACGGACCGGGGACAUAGGAAGUAGCAGCAGGUGCUACCAGUGGUGGUACCUCCUCGCACUGCCACCAUGCGGCGGUGCUUCUUAUUCCGUGCUCCACAGCGGUCAACGACACACCUCUGUCCGUCCCUACGGCCCUCCGGUUGUGUUCUCAAGAAUCUCCACUUCACGCUUCACCUCUGCCAUCUUAUUUUUCUGCUCGGCCAAAACGGACCCAAAGAAGCACUUGGCAGACCAUCACUUUCUGUGAUAUUUACGACUUUGUUCCUUCCUUGCACUUUGUGUUUGUGAUCUUGAUGUUACACUGUCUGGCAGGAAGCUGCACUAAUGAUUAGUUAAUGUUGCACUCCAAAUGUUGUUUCUGUUGCUCUGUACUUGGCACAGCACUUUACUAAGCACUACUUUAAUCGAGAUGCCAUUGUAUAACUGAAAAAGAGGAAUUGAGUUUUUGUUAUUAGAAUAUUUUUUAUCUCGUAGUAUGACAUACACAUGCAGGGAGCAGUGACACCAAGAACACACACAACCACCAAAGAAGUUUGUUCUUCACAUUUUUCCCAUCCAUGCUGCCCUUCCUCCAAGCAGUGGAGAUGUUGUUGGCAGCCAUAUUAGGGCCCCCCAGGGACACAUUCCAAGUGUUUGUGUAGUUUUUUUUUUUUUUCCAACACGGCUGUAAGCUGAGAUGUGGUUAUUUGGGGAUUUGUCUUGUAAAAACAGACCAUUCCUGAC